AUGACGGACGACAUUGCAUCGGCGAUCGUCGACGAGAUCCUGCGCGCCGUGCAGGCGACGCGCGUGGUCCGGCACGCCGCCACGCGCGCAGUGCGGGACAUGUGGGAGGUCGUCCAUCUCUCGGCACGCGUGUCACCGUCGCCCGCGUGCAUGCAGCGCAUCCCUGAAGAACGUUCGAUGCUCGUCCUCGACAGCCGCGCGGCGCAGUGCAUUCCGAGCAAAGCGCACGAGCAGCUGCGUUGGCCGACGAUCGCGUCCAGCCCCACCAGCCUCUGCACAGCGUCGUCGCUGUCGCUUCUUUUGCAGGUCGAGCCGCCGCCGCCCGUCGUAUGCACGCGCACGGACCACACCCUGCACCGCGUCAAGUUGAUCAAGCCCACGACCAAGGCCGUCGUUGAUCUCGGUAGUACACGCUCGACGACGGCGCUGGCCGCGCCGUUCGUACAGCCGUUGCCAAAGAUGCUGCCCGAGAUCACGGUCGGUGCGGCGCCCAUCUAUGUGCCUCCGCGUAUGACGCCGCUCUGCACCGUCGUCGGCAAUCAAGACGUCGACGACCGACCCUUCUUGACGGUCGACGCACUAUACACGCCGUCACGCGACCUCUUUGGCACCAAUAAUGACAGCAAGGGGAAGGAUGCAAUUGCCACACGGCCAUCCUGCGUGCUACCGCCCAAGGUCGAGCCUCGGCCACGGCUUCCAUCCACCACCACCCCGUCGACCCGGCGGCUGUCGGUGGUGCGGCACAGGUCGUAG